CUUUUCGCGCUAACGGUCAUCGAACGUCGCGAGGCCCACAUCGCACGCAACUCGGAUCGAGGGGAGGACAUCAACGCAGUCGUCGAGCUUUUCUUGACAGAGAUCUUUUAUUUAUAGGUACAUACAUUUCGCUUGUAGAUUCGUUUUUUAAUCCUUUUCUGAGUGAAAGAUUCAUGAGGUAGCUUUAUUAGCACGUGAAAGCAACUGCGGAAAAUCAGUGGCUGCGACUUUUCUAGAAGAUUUUUUCGAGUGAAUUUUCUCGUGACGUUUUUUUGUUUUUGCGACUGGCUCGUUAAUUGUUGAGAGAAAAGAGCUCGAACGGCAUCUCCUGGAUGAUCGAUUUCAAUUUUGCGGAUUUCUUCUUUUACAAGGAAACUACUGCUUCAUAAUGACCGAAUAUCGGAGAGGAAGUGCUUCAACAAUAGCAAGCAGUACAUCCGAUGCAUCGACAAUCUCUAGUGAUUGUCAAAUAACAGUAAGAUUGUUGGAGUUGAUGCACAAAACUGAGUACGAGCUGGUUCAAGAAAAUGGACAAAGGCGAUUGACAGCACCAGAGCUUACGAAAGAGCACAGAGAGCACAUCAAAGGUUCUGAAGUUUUUCUAGGAAGAUUGCCACGAGAUUGUUACGAAGAUGAAUUGAUGCCAGUUCUUGAGAGAGCAGGACGUUUAUUGGAACUCAGAUUGAUGCUUGACUUCUCUGGCACUACGCGUGGCUAUGCUUUUGCACUUUAUCAAGAUGCAAAAACUGCUCGGAAAGCUGUCACAAUGCUUGAUGGUUAUCAUAUCAGACCUGGACAUCCAAUUGGUGCUGUGAAAUCAGUUGAUAAUUGCAGAUUGUUUUUUGGAGGAGUCCCAAAGGAUAAAUCAAAGGAAGAAUUCAUGGAGGAAUUAAGCAAACUUAUGGAUGGCAUUGUUGACAUCUACUUGUAUCCCAAUGCUCAAGAUAAAACCCUUAACAGAGGUUUCAUAUUUGUGGAGUUCAAGGAUCACAGAUCUGCAGCAAUGGCUCGUCGAAAACUUAUUCCUGGAAGAGUUCUUUUAUGGGACCAUGAAGUUGCAGUUGAUUGGGCUGAUCCUGAACCUGGAGAACCAGUUGAUGAAGAUAUCAUGGAAAAUGUUACAGCACUUUUUGUGAGGAAUCUUGCAAUGAAUAUGCCCCAGCAAAAGAUCAGAGAAAUUUUCCAAAGAACCACGAAUAUACCUAUCUUGAAACUGAAGAAAAUCAAUCAUUUUGCUUUUGUUCACUAUGAAAGUCGUGAAUUAGCCGAGAAAGUUAUGCAAAUUAUGACCCAACCUGGCAGUAUAGCUGAUUUAGAACAAUGGGAAAUUCGCUGGGCAAAACCAAUUGGUCCUAUAAAGCAAGCAGAAAGACAGCGUUGUAUUAAUGAAGCUAUUUCAGAGUCAAGACAUCAAAAAGAUGUUAAAGUCAAAAAAAUAGUUAAGAAGCAGUACUUGAAAACAGACGAACCAAACCAGCACUAUGCGCAAGAAGCUCUUGAUUUGCAGUAUGUGACAAUCCUCACUGACUUUGUUGCUAAAACAUUGCAAGCUAUGUGUUCGUUUGAAUGCUUGACAAGCUCUCAACCACCUGGAUUUAUUCACAAGAUAACAAUCUUCAGAGAUAAUAUAUUGAUAUUUGAAGACUUUGGUACCGUUCAACCUACUAAACAACAAUCUUUAAAUUGUGUAGUUUCAAUAGUUUACCAAAAACUAAAAUCUGCAUAUGAGUACAAUGUCUACCAUCACAUGUACCCAUCUCCGAUUGUUAACGACAUUUCUGCACAAAUGAUGCAUUUAAAUGUGAGUGAUGAUAGAAGCAACCAGCAGUUAAGUAAUGCCUACUAAAUUUAUCGUGCUACCAGGAUUAGCGACGAAUUUUAUUUUUUUACGUAAUUUUGAAAUAGUUAUUGGCUAUAAUUGGCUUUAGGGGAAUUCUAUGAAAAGAUUUUAAGUGUAACUUAAAACCUUGGGUGAAGAUUAUACAAAAUGAUAUAUGACAAAUUUCAUAUAAAUUGAAAAGAUUCUAUUGAUAAAACUUGCGAUGUUGGGACUAUAUAUACACAAUCGAAUGCAUUUCAAUUUAAAAAUUUCACUCAAAUACAUGAAUGCCAAACUUGAUUGAUUUCAUUCAAACAUUCCUCGAUUUUUUAAAUUAUUCAUUGAUUGCUCUCAUCAUCUUAAUUUAAAUUUUUAGAGUUCUAUAAUACUAUUAAAGAAAUCAGUGCUGCGAUUGUGGAUCUACAUAUUCAAAAUUUCGUAAUAUAAAAAUAUAAAGAAAGAUUCAAUGAAUAUUGAGGUAGAGAAAAAAUCAAAUGCUUACUCAAUUUUUUGAAAUAUCUAUAAACGCUGAGGGUUUAUUUGCUUGAUGAUUUACGUAGUGAUAAAAUAUAUUUAUGAAAUCAUUAAUUUGAUAUACAAUUUGAAUAAUCUUUAAAACUGAUCUAAAAAGCAAAUGAUGAAAUUACAUAAUUUUCUAAAUUUUUAUGUGAAAUAUUCAAUGAUUAGUCUCCACAUUGCUAAGUUUUUUUUCUUGACGUAGACUGAAAAAAUCAAAAAGCAUAAAUGUAAUAUGCUGUAAACAUAACCGUUGAUUUUCGGAAGAUAAAAUUGCUAUGCAAUCAUAUAUUUAUACGAAGUUGUUUAAAACUGUAAAGAUUUCUUAGCUUUCAUAUAUGCAUUAUUAACUUUUAGAAAGUUUACAAAAGACUUCAUGCUUUCAAGCAAUGAAUUUUAGUACAAGGAUCAAAGAAGAAAAAAAGUUUUGGAUGUAUUUUUGUUGUAAAAUGUAAUUGUCUUACGUUCAUAACAUUUUAUAAUUAUUUUAACGAGACACGUUUGAUUACGUUGAACAUAAGUGUUUGUUGGCUGGGCUAAUAUGUUAACAGCCGGUUUAAUCAUUGUUAAAAAUAACUUUUUUUUAGUUCUUGUAACUUUUUAACUGUAAUUGUUUUGGCUAUAUCAUAGCCUACGUGUUUGUACUUUUUAUGUAGUAUGUAUGAAUAAAAUAAAUUAUUUGAAAUUCGCUAGCAA